GUGACACGUUCACUAAAAAAAAAUCCUUUUAUAGCAAAGCAUUUAUUAAGAAAAAUUGCUAUGCUUAACACAACGUGGGAAAAAGAAAUAAUAGUAACUUGGUCCCGGACAUCUACCAUUAUACCCACAAUGAUCGGCCAUACUAUUGCUGUACAUAAUGGAAAGGAGCAUUUUCCUAUUUAUAUAACAGAUCGUAUGGUAGGCCACAAAUUGGGAGAAUUUUCAUCUACUCUAAAUUUCCGGGGACACGCAAAAAACGAUAAUAGAUCUCGUCGUUAA